AGGGGAAGCGAGGGGAGGGUCGAGCCUGAGGAUAGAUCUUAAGCGCCUGCUCAGCCCACCUCCGAGAUACCCCAGCCCCGGGUGAAAACGACUGUCCGGAAACCUUCAUUGUUGGCUGCGAGAGGCUCUUGGAUCUGGCUGGCGCCGGUGGCAUUGGUGCACCCAGGAUCCCGGGUACCCCGGAGUAACAGCGCAGCGCCUAGCUCCCAAGAUGGCACUGCUCGAACAGCGUGCACUUUUCUGCCUCCUCUGCUGCCUCCCACUGGUGCGUCCUUUCCACUGGCAAGAUGACUUCAGGUCGGCAGCAUGGUUCCAUAAGAUACAAGCGGCGAUGUCUGCUGCCAGCUCAGGCCACAGUCAUAUCCCCAGAGGAAAUGGAUCCUACCCCGUUGGUUGUACAGACGUGAUGUUCAGUUAUGCUGCUGAGAGCGUCUUCUUGAGAUUGUAUUACCCAGCUCAAGAUCAAGAUCGCCUUGACACUGUUUGGAUCCCAAACAAAGAAUAUUUUUUCGGCCUUAGUAAAUUUCUUGGAACACCCCGUUUUGUAGGCAACAUUUUGAGCCUGUUAUAUGGUUCAAGGACAACCCCUGCAAGCUGGAAUUUUGUAAUUGUGGUUGGUAAUUGCUUCCCUCUUUUUGUUUUCAGAACAAUCUAUUCUGCUAUUGGCAUUGGCCUGGCAUCUUAUGGGUUCAUAGUUGCUACUGUAGAGCACAGAGACAAAUCUGCAUCAGCAACUUACUAUUUUGAGGACCAGGCGGCUGCAAAAAUGGAAAACAGGUCUUGGCUUUACCUUAGAACCGUAAACCAAGAGGAGGCGGAGAGAGUCCGGAAAGAGCAGGUGCGGCAAAGAGCAAAAGAAUGUUCCCAGGCUCUCAAUGCAAUGCUUGACAUUGAACAUGGAAGCCCAAAAGAGAACAUACUAGGUACCGACUUUGAUUUGAAUCAGCUGAAGGGUGCUAUCGAUGUGGAUAAAAUAGCGGUGAUUGGACACUCUUUUGGAGGUGCAACAGUUAUUCACACCCUUAGUGAAGACCAGAGAUUCAAGUGUGGGGUUGCUCUCGAUCCAUGGAUGUAUCCAGUGAGUGAGGAGCUCUACUCCAAAAUCCCUCAGCCCCUCUUCUUCAUCAACUCUGCACAAUUCCAGACUCCGAAAGACAUCAUGAAAAUGAAAAGAUUCUACCAACCUGGCAAGGAAAGAAAAAUGAUCACAAUCAGGGGCUCAGUGCACCAGAAUUUUGCCGACUUUACUUUUGUGACUGGCAAAAUAAUUGGAAACAAGCUGACGUUGAAAGGAGAGAUAGACUCCGGGGUAGCCAUCGACCUCACCAACAAAGCGUCUUUAGCUUUCCUCCAGAAACAUCUAGGACUUCAUAAAGACUUCAAUCAGUGGGACUCUCUGGUGGAAGGACAUGACAAGAAUCUGAUCCCUGGGCCACCCUCUGAUGUCGUCACCCAGGCCCCGGCUCUGCAGCGCUCUCCAGGAUCACACACCCAGAAUUAGAAGAGCUGGUUACAGUCUUCUUUUGAAAUUGAGUGACAAUGAGAGAGAGUGAGAGAGAGAAUGGAAGAGAUAGACUAAUGUACCUAUCCAAAUAACCAUUUUUAAGUGUACGUGUGUUAUAGAAUGGAUGCCUAGACUAAGAUUUUUUUUCCCGUGUAAAGAACAUAGAGUAGAGCACAUGAAAAUCAUUACUAGUCUAAAGCAUAAUUUUACAAAGCUGGUCCUUUGUGUUAAAAGAAAAUCUGCUUCCAUAUUAUACUUAGAGAAAAGUCUAUUGAUGGGAACGGUGGCAGUGAAAAUGUUGUAAGUGCCCUAAGAUUCCCAAACUUAAAAUAAAAACAGAUUAUCCUGC